GUCCAUUUGUCAUCAACAUAAUAAAUGACUCACCAGCGUAGUACUAGAAUCGACAAUAUCAACAUGAUACAUGUCAAUAUAUCAUUUCGCUCCCAACAGAAUAAUAAAAGAGCGGGUGACAUUAUUCAUUGACUACACCUGAGCGGCAGUUUUCAUCAUGGACGGCGGCGAAUUUAGCGGCGUUAAAGACGUCAACGUCUACGAAAGCGACGGCGAAGAAGCGGAAGAAAACGACACCGAAGCUUGGGAAACAGUUAGCAAGUAUAUACUAGAGGUACAAUCGGUACUAGAUCAGAACAGAGUUUUAAUUCAACAGGUGAAUGAAAAUCAUCAAUCGAAGCUUCCAGAUAAUUUGGUGAAAAACGUAGCGCUUAUUCGAGAUAUAAAUAGCAAUAUCUCCAAAGUAUCUCGCCUGUAUUCUAAUCUCUCCGUAGAUUUCUGCAACAUCGUUCAUCGGCGACGAGCACUUGCUUCUUCUGAAUCUACUAAGAAUCGGGGUGAUAAUACGGGCAGCAAUAGAUCCUGAGUCAACUAAUUUUGGUGAAAUUGAUAUAUAGUAAUCUCAUUCUCUAUCCUUAUUAUGAACUUUAGUUUCUUAUCACUGUCGAAGCAGAGCCUUGGUAUAAUGGGUAAAGUUGCUGCUAUGUGACCUCGAUUCAAGCCGUGGAAAUAGCUUCCUGCAGAAAUGCAGGUAAGACUGCUUAUAAUAGAUCCUUUCCUUGGAACGCGCGCAUAACAGGAGCGUUAGUGCACCGGCCUGUCCUUUAGGUUUUUAUCACUGUCUAUACUGUAGUUAGCUCAUGCGAGUUAUCAUAUGUUUUAUUUAUUCCCAAUAAAUCAGAGUUGUUUGUGUUGAAUAAGUUGUUUGUGGAAGAAUUAAUAUGAUGAAUAAUGGUGCUGUUUGAGAUUAGGAAGUUUUGUGAAAUCGAUUGUAAUUAAUGACUGUGGUUAUUGUUUAUCGUUUUUGUGUUUCUUA